ACUGAUAAGAAGGAGAAAAUUUGCAUGUAAUGGUAAACUUGUUUCAAAGUACGGGAGACCACCUGAUUUUCCCUUUGACAGAGGGUCCUAGGGUUUCACCACAUGCUCUCUAAACAGGUUUUCUGUGUUUUAGGGAAAGAAGCUCAGAAAGGAUCCCUGCUCUUUGACGACCUUCCUCCAGCCAGCAGUACUGACUCAGGAUCAGGGGGACCUUUGCUUUUUGAUGAUCUCCCACCUGCUAGCAGUGGUGAUUCAGGUUCUCUUGCCUCAUCGAUACCCCAGAUGGUAAAGAAUGAAGGGAAAGGAGCAAAGAGAAAAACCUCCAAGGAGGAGAAGAAUGGCAGUGAAGAGCUUGUGGAAAAGAAAGUUUGUAAAGCUUCUUCGGUGAUCUUUGGUCUGAAAGGCUAUGUGGCUGAGCGGAAGGGUGAGAGGGAGGAGAUGCAGGACGCCCAUGUCAUCUUGAACGACAUUACUGAAGAGUGCCGGCCUCCAUCUUCCCUCAUUACUCGGGUUUCAUAUUUUGCUGUUUUUGAUGGACAUGGAGGAAUUCGAGCCUCAAAAUUUGCUGCACAGAAUUUGCAUCAGAACUUAAUCAGGAAAUUUCCCAAAGGAGAUGUAAUCAGUGUAGAAAAAACUGUGAAGAGAUGCCUUUUGGACACUUUUAAGCAUACUGAUGAAGAGUUCCUUAAACAAGCUUCGAGCCAGAAGCCUGCCUGGAAAGAUGGGUCCACUGCCACAUGUGUUUUGGCUGUAGACAACAUUCUUUAUAUUGCCAACCUUGGAGAUAGUCGGGCAAUCCUGUGUCGUUACAAUGAGGAGAGUCAGAAACACGCAGCCUUGAGCCUCAGCAAAGAGCAUAAUCCAACCCAGUAUGAAGAACGAAUGAGAAUACAGAAGGCUGGAGGAAAUGUCAGGGAUGGGCGUGUCUUGGGUGUGCUGGAGGUGUCCCGCUCCAUUGGGGAUGGUCAGUACAAGCGCUGUGGUGUCACUUCUGUGCCAGACAUCAGACGUUGCCAGCUGACCCCCAAUGACAGGUUCAUUUUGCUGGCCUGUGAUGGACUCUUCAAGGUUUUUACCCCAGAAGAAGCCGUGAACUUCAUCUUGUCCUGCCUUGAGGAUGAGAAGAUACAGACCCGAGAAGGGAAGCCCGCUGUGGACGCCCGCUAUGAAGCAGCCUGCAACAGGCUGGCCAACAAGGCAGUGCAGCGGGGCUCAGCUGACAAUGUCACCGUGAUGGUGGUGCGGAUAGGGCAUUGAGGGACGGUGUGUGCAGGGACACCGUGGUGUUGACCCAAAGGUUCAUCUUGUGUGUGCACAUUCUGUUUGUUUUGUGUGCUCCUAUGGGACCCCUGUGGUUGUAAAUAAAGGUUUCUUUUUUUUUUUCU